UUUUCAAGAAUUAAUAAAAUAAUCCAGAACAUAGGAAAUACUUUAAACCUUUAGCGGCCUUCAUCUUUAUAUUCUAAAAAACUAUCAGAAAAGGUUUCAUUUUGCUUCAUUUGAGUUGAUUCUUCAUUCACAAUUAAAAAAAAAAUGUUACUAGCUUCAUUUGAUUCAUUGAGAGAGAAGUUUGUUUCUUUAUUUGACAAGUAUUUUGUGGCUGGCCUUUGCAAAGUUAUCCUAUUUUCAGGUGUAGUUCUUUACUUAGCCUCAGUUUUUCUCUUCAAUGAUCCAAAUUGUUUAUCAUCUUAUGAGUUAUUAGAAGAAUCUUCUAAUAAUUCACCAAAUCCACUAAUUUCUCACUUCAUUUCAUCCAAUGACACAAAUUCCACAAAUCUUAGCCAUAUAGUUUUUGGCCUACUUGGCUCUGAAAAAGCAUGGCACUAUAGGAAAAAUUACAUUGAAUCAUGGUGGAGGCCAAAAGUGACAAGAGGGUAUUUGUUUCUUGAUGUGGCACCAAAUGCAAAUUUGUUACCAUGGUCAAAAAAUUCACCGCCUUACAGAGUUUCAACAAAUAUAACCAAAUUAGUCCAAGAAACUCAACAUGUUGCACCAAUUAUGGCUAGAAUGGUACAUGGAAUCAAGGAGGUUUUUGAAUUAGAAGAACAUAAAGGUGUUAGAUGGGUGGUUAUGGGGGACGACGAUUCGAUAUUCUUCUUGGAAAAUAUUGUUGAUGUUCUUGCAAAAUAUGACCACAAUAAGUACUACUAUUUUGGGGCUCAAAGUGAGUACAUUUUGUCAAAUUUUUGGUACUCAUUUAAUCAAGGAUUUGGUGGUGCUGGAUUUAUUUUGAGUUACCCGUUGGCUAAAGCAUUGGCUGAAGAUAUGGAUAGUUGUUUAAGAAGAUAUCCAUUUUUAAGAUCUGCUGAUCUUAUUUCCAUGGCUUGUAUUGUGGAUCUUGGAGUUAGUUUUUCUCCUCUUAAAGGUCUUCAUCAGAUCGAUUUGCAUGGUGAUAUUUCAGGAUUAUUAUCGUCGCAUCCAAAAGUGCCAUUAAUGUCCCUUCACCAUAUUGAUGCUAUAAGGCCAAUUUUUCCUACAAUGGACCGUACACAAUCAAUAAAACACCUUAUGCAAGUAGCAAAAUUCGAUCAAUCUCGCAUGUUACAACAAACAAUCUGUCACCAUAGGGUCAGCAAUUGGACAUUUUCAAUAUCAUGGGGAUAUUCAGUUCAUAUUUACGAGAAAAUUAUGCCAAGGAGUUAUUUAAUAAACCCUAUUGAGACAUUUGACGCUUGGGUUAAUAAACCUGAGAAUCCUCCAUAUUACAUGUUUAAUACAAGGUCGUCUGCAAAGGAUUCUUGUGAAACUCCCCAUGUUUUUUUCUUAAAAUCUAUUGGGGAAACAUGGAAUAAGAGUGAAAUUUGGGCAACGUAUUCCCGGUCGGCAAUACGGCGGUUGCCGGGUUGUCCGGCCGGCGGCAACCAUCCGGCAAAUUAUGUCAACAAGAUUCAAGUCUACUCUCCUAAAGCAAAACGUACAGAGAUGGAUCGAUGUGAAUGUUGUGCGGUUUUUCACACAGUUGGCUCAAACAUGGCAAAGGUCAAAUUGAGAGAAUGCUUUACAAAUGAGAAAAUUGCUUAGCUAAAUUAUAAAACUUCAUUUAACUCACCAUAGAUGCUUAAUAGUAGUGCUAUAUUAUAUGCAAAUUCUAUGGCUAAUUCUUACCAAAAAAGAAAUAUAAAAAGCAUAUUAUGAUAUUCGGAAAUCUUUAGCUUGUUUUGAUUAGAUUCGCAUUGCAUAAUGUCUUUACGCACUCACAAAACAAAAAGAUAGGAAGAUGAAGAAGGGGAAAGUGAUAAAAAUAUCUAAAAGAAUAAAAAGGAAAAAUAUAAUAUCUUGACACGUGUCACAAUUGGGACAAUUUUUCACAGGUUACGAUUUUUUUAUUUUUUUUUUGGAGAUUAAAUACGCCCGCAAUAUAUUGAUACACGAAAAAAAUUGUUGUGUAAAAAGUAAGAAUGUGUCAAAUUAAAGGAAACUUGUGUACAAGUUUAAGAGGCAAAGUAUGUAUUACGCCAAAAUUAUUUUGAGUGGACAUUCAUGACAUGAAUCGUGUAUAAGACGUCAUAUUUUAUAUAUACAUGCCACUUCUUUUUGCAUAGACAUGGGACCGUUAGUAAUUGAGGACGACUUUCAGAUUU